UUCAAGCUUUUUAAUUUUCUAUUCUUUCUAUUUAUUUUAAUUUGCUGUUUUAAUUAUUUUCAAGUUCAGUUCAUGCAAUUUAAGGGACCGUGAGGAAGGGGCAAACUAGUCAAACCAAUGAUAAUCAAUGACAGCCGGCUGGAGCACAAAAAAAAAAAAAAAGGUUACAGGGCGUCGAACGGGGUACCUACGAAUAUUUUCCUUUCUGAAAGCCACGUUAUCGAACGAAAAUCACUCUCCUAUCUAACUCACUAGUGCCCACCACCCCAAUAAUAAGGAAAGCAAAGAAAAGUAGCAGACGUGGAUUCAUAGAUCACCACGAACCUUCCGAAAACGGAUCCUCAGAACACGCUACGAUCGUAGGAAUCACCGAAACCCACCCCCCAACUUCAGCCAGCAGCAGACAGCAACAACAGAAGCCCUCUUUUUCUUUCCUAUGGCCACUGUGGCGCGUGCAAUCCACUGUGAGCUACUGUCCAAUAAACCUGGCGCAACCCCUAGGAGAGAAUUGGGUGGUCAGGUUCCGGUUCUUGUUCAAACAGUGAAAGUGGGUGAACCUGAGAAUGUAAAGAUAGUGUUGCAGCCAAGGUUGUGUACGUUAAGAUCGUAUGGCUCGGAUGGACGAGCGGUGAUGAAGACGAGAAACGAAGAGGUUCGACAGGGUAAUGAAGAAUCGUCUUUUUUUAAGACUUUGUCGGUGUAUAUAGAGAGUUCCAAGAAGAGCCAAGACUUCGAGAUUAUCUCUGGUCGCCUCGCCAUGAUUGUGUUCGCAGCAACAGUAACAACAGAGUUUGUAACGGGAAACUCCCUAUUUAGGAAGAUGGAGUUGCAAGGGAUUGCUGAAGCUGUCGGUGUGUGCCUUGGGGCUAUGGCUUCUGCUGCUGCAUUUGCUUGGUUAUCCAGUGCUCGGAACAACGUUGGUCGAAUCUUCACUCUCAGUUGUAACUCAUUUAUUGAUUCAGUGAUCGACCGGAUUGUUGAUGGAUUGUUCUAUGAAUCUGAUCCUAAUGACUGGUUUGAUGAUAUUUGAAAUCAUGAAUUGUAAUUCAAGCAGGGUGUUUGACUGUCUGUUUAGGCGGAAUCUCCUUUUCAAGAAACAACAAUAUGUGGAGAUGCUGGAAGUACUUAGGUGUUGUUAGUACUGCAAACCUUAUACGAUCAGAGGGCUUGCAAAUGAAGGGAGAUGGGAUUGAAGCGGUAGUUGCUAGUGUCUGCCUAUUCUCAUGUGAGAUUAUGGAUGUUAAUUUUUGCAUAAACAUUACGAAUUAUAGUAAUCAGCUAGUGGAGUUAUGCUUAAAUUGAGAG